AUGAUACCACGUAAUGGCGCUAUUGCUGCUUUAGAAAGAUUCUGUGAAAAUUUUUCAAGAAAUAGAAAAAUUAGAUACUUAAAAAUUCAUACUAUUAUGCAAUUAAUAUGCUUUGUUCUAGAUACAAAUUCAUUUACUUAUAAAGAUAAAUAUUAUCGACAAAUAAAAGGUGAUGCCAUGAGUUCACCGUUUACUAUGGUUUUAGCUAAUAUUUAUAUGUUACAAUGGGAACAAAGAUUAAUUCAGCAUCAAAAAAUAUAUCAAGAAAAUUAUGGUCGGCAAGUUUACAAUUAA